AUUUUCUCGCUGCGCUCUGCCCUUCUUUGUUUGGAUGUGAGCCCUGGAUGACAAUCGCCCAGCCCGACGCAGCAGCAGCAGCAGCAGCACGAGCAGCACCGGCGGCGGUGGUGGCGGCGGCCGUUUAUUUAUCAUCGCGGCUGCCAAGGCGAGUGAAGCGACCCCGGGGGGUGGAGGAGGAGAAGAUAAGGAUUUUACACGUCCGUCAUCUCCAAGCAUGGCUACCCAAAGUACGGCGUCGUGCACUGGGUCCGCUCUGCUGCAGCCCAUCAGCGAGAUCAUCAACCUCCCUCUCGACCAGGUAAACUUUGUGGCUUGCCAGCUGUUUGCGCUGCUCAUGGCCGUGUGGUUCCGUCUCUACCUCCAUCCCAGUAAGACCAGUCCCUUCGUCAGACAUGUUGUGGCCACUUUACUGGGCUUCUACUUGGCUCUCUUCUGCUUUGGCUGGUAUUCCCUCCAUUUCCUGGUGCAAAGCGGUUUGUCGUACAGCGUGAUCGUCUUCGCCGGUCUGGAGCACAUGCACAAGUACUGCUUCAUCGUGACGCUUGGCUACUUGAUAGUGUGUCAGGUCACACGCGUCUACGUGUUUGAUUACGGCAUGUACUCUGCAGAUUUUACUGGGCCCAUGAUGGUGAUCACACAGAAGAUUACCAGCCUCGCAUUCGAAAUACACGACGGUUUGACCAAGCGAGAUGCACAACUGACUGCAAGUCAGAAAUACCUUGCUAUCAGGCGGAUGCCCAGCCUACUGGAGUAUCUCAGCUACAACUGCAACUUCAUGGGCAUCCUGGCAGGACCCACCUGCUCCUACAACGACUACAUGGCUUUCAUCGAGGGCACGUGCUACCAGCCGCGGCACCAGGAGAACGCCAACGGCAAAGAGAACGGGAAACACAAGCAGAGUGAACCAUCACCCAAGGAUGAUGUCAUCUCUAAGCUGUGCACAUGCGCCGUCUCGCUGGGCAUCUAUUUGUCCUUGUGCAAGCUGAUCCCAGUGGAGCGGUCCAUAGACGACGACUUCAUUACCAACACGCCCUUUUACAUACAAGUGGUCUACCUUUACUUGGCCAUGCUGGCUCUCAGACCCAAGUACUACUUUGUCUGGACGCUGGCUGAUGCUAUCAACAAUGCAGCAGGAUUUGGCUUCAACGGCUACAACAAAGAUGGCUCCCCGCGCUGGGACCUGAUUUCCAACCUCAGAAUUUUGGACAUUGAGUUUGCUACCAGUUUCAAGCUGUUCCUUGACAACUGGAACAUCCAGACAGCUCUCUGGCUCAAAAGGGUAUGUUAUGAGCGCUGUCCCGUCAACCCCACUGCCGCCACCUUCCUACUGUCAGCCAUGUGGCACGGCGUGUAUCCUGGCUACUACAUAACCUUCCUCACUGGCACUGCCAUGACCAUGGCGGCACGUGCAGUAAGACACAACAUCAGACCUCACUUCCUGGUCUCUGACUCAUACAAGCGCAUCUAUGAUGUCAUCACGUGGGCGUGGACUCAAGUUGCCAUCAGUUACACAGUGGUGCCGUUUGUCCUACUCACUGUGGGACCCUCGCUCAAAUUCUACAGGUCCUGGUACUUCUGCUUACACCUCCUGUGUCUGCUGGUGGCCCUGGCCCUGCCGGUGCGAUCGCGGCGCCGCGAGGCGAAAGGUCAGCAGGAGAGCACGCCGCAGCUGGUGGACGGCGGCGCCUCAAACAACUGCAGCCAGAAAGACAAAACCACAUGAGUCUGAGGAGAAGCGGCAUUAGUGAGACAAACUGGAGACCAUUGAGAGCUUGGGGGAGCGUGGCGAGUCUGUUUUCCCGACCAGAAACCAAAUAUCGGACGCGCUGGGAACGAACCCGAUAUACUUCCAGUAACAAAGGAGGACCGGAGCGAUCGUGGUUACAUUACAUUUUAUGGAGAUAAACUGAAUUCCAAGCUGCCUUAAACCCUCUAUGUACCUGGCAGGUACCAACAGCUCGUACAAAAAGAGUAUGUGGAGGGUUUUUGUCAUUGUCUGGAAACCUUUAUCAUCAGCUGCCAACUUUUAAACAGGCCUUAGGAUCCUCCAAAUGUUGACGGGCGUCCACAUAACGAUAAUAAGUGUUUUGUAUUUAGAUGUUUGUGAUGACACUAUUCUCAGAGUUCAUAGAAAAAGGCCCAAAGAGGAAACCUGAUCUCGUCCUGUCUCCAGUGGUGGAAACGUCUCGCCCAUUUUUUUUUUUUUCUUGACAAACUUUAUCGCCGUCCAAUAUGUGUGUGUAUCAAAGAGAGAUGUUUAACUUCCCAUGUUUUUUUUUUCCUUUUGGGGGAUACAUUGGCUUUUUCUGAUUUAACAUGCUCCUACUUUUCCAGCCCUAAACCACGGCAACAUGUACAACGAAUAUAAGACGUUUCACAUCAUGUACAGUCAAAACUACAAUGAUCUAAUCACGCUACGUCCCAUUAACUUAAACACUCCCUAUUUAAUAGCAGCCCUAAUUAUCAAACUGAAUGGGAAAUAAAGUGUUCUAAUUGGGUGCACAUGGAGGCUAUAAGUGCAAUUUUAUUAUGGAAAUUCUGUGUAGAAAGAAGCAAGCUGUUGAGGUAACUUUUUUUUUUUUUUUUUACGUUGAGGUGCAUUUACUGUACGGUGUGUAUAACACGCUGGUUUUCUUUGUUUUUGUUCACUUUAAGCCUUUGGGAAAGAUCAUCCUGUUUAUUAUAACACACGCCCUGUUAAUCCGGGUUGCUAAAACAUAUCUUUUAAACAGGCAGGGGGCCGUUCAAGAUUCACGUACGCUUUGUGACCUCGGUGCGUUUGUAAAAAUAACAAAGCAGCCAAGUUUUUUUCUUUUUGAGACGGUCUAACAUUUGCAUAUUCCUGCCAUAAUUGUGUGCGUCUGUGUCAGUGUUCAUGUGGUUUGUACGUUACGUUAAUGUGGUCAACUAUAUUUGUAGCCCUGUAAAAAGGUGAGCACCUAUAUGAGAUAAAGAAAAGGGACGCCAUUCUUUCUGGAACAUUUAAGAACAUGAUUGCACUGCAUGGCCACCAAAACCAGCAGAUCAAUGCAAACUGCUCCAUAUGUCCAAAGUGCCAAAUCAUUGAAUGGCGCAUUUUUUUUUUUUCUUUCAUUGUGUGUCUGUGUGCAUGUGCGCCUGCUUGUGUGUGUGUGCGUGGGUGAGUGUGUGCUGGUGUAACAUAACGGUUAUUUUUGUGUCAGAAGGAAAUUUAUUGAAAGAUUUGUAUGACAGUUCAUUAAAAUUCUGAUUUAUGUGGCAAAAAUAAAGAGAGGUUAUUUUUAAA